ACUUUUGUUUGUUUCCUGGGUAAACAGAGGAAAAUAAGGGUUUAAGUGUUACAAACUUUUGAUUAUUUAGUCCCUCAUUUUCACUUAUUUGUUUUCAUUUUUCCUUUACACUUCUUUGCAUUUUAUCAGUAAAAAAAGAUAGGCGCUACUUGUCUCCUUGCAGAAACAGGGGAUAGAAAACAGGGGAAAUCUGGAUAUUUAGUGAUGGGGAAAUUUUGAGUGAAAUUUGAGAUGUUGAUGUGGGAAGAUGGAUUUUGCCGAGGAAGAGUUACAGAUUGUUUGGAAGAGAUUGAUGUAGAAGAUCCAGUGAGGAAAGCUUUCAGCAAAAUGUCCAUUCAGUUAUAUAAUUAUGGAGAAGGGUUAAUGGGAAAGGUUGCAUCAGAUAAGUGCCAUAAAUGGGUAUUUAAAGAACCAACAGAAUGUGAACCCAAUAUCUCCAAUUAUUGGCAGAGUUCCUUUGAUGCUCUUCCUCCUGAAUGGACUGAUCAAUUUGAGUCAGGCAUUCAGACUAUUGCUGUGAUUCAAGCUGGCCAUGGUCUCCUCCAGUUGGGUUCCUGCAAGAUUAUAACUGAAGACCUCCAUUUUGUGCUAAGAAUGAGGCAUACCUUUGAAUCUCUUGGCUAUCAGUCUGGUUUCUAUCUCUCGCAGUUGUUUUCGUCAAACAGAAACGGUUCCUCUUCAUCUACAAUUCCUUCAAGGCAGUCUGCGGUUCCAAUCCGGCCUCCUCCUCCACUCUUCAACUGGAGCCAGAGGCCACUUCCGCCAGUGACUCCAAUGCUUGCUUCACCUAAUUUCCAGAACCCUGCUAGACUUGGAUUCCCACAAGCCAAAGAUGAGACCCACAUGUUUCUCAUGCCUCAUUCAUCUGAAACCCGAAUGGAAGAUAUGAUGGGUGAACAUGAAAAUGACAUCAAAUGGCCUAAUGGCUUAAGUUUCUUCAAUGCUCUCACUGGACGAACCGAAGAUGUCAAGCUCUUAUUUAACCCCGAGAGCUUAGGAAACAAAGCAGACCAAAAUCACCAUCCACUUGUUCUUGAAGGAAAAGACUCUAAUCAACAUUCAGAUGCCGGUGCAAACCCCAAUGAGUUCUUGAGCUUGGAUAGUCAUCCGGAGAAUUCGAUGAAGAUGGAAAACAAGUUUAAGAGGAGCUUUACAUUACCUGCAAGAAUGGCUACGUCUUCAUCUUCAACUUCUGUGGAUCAUCAUCAGCACCGACCUGUGGAGUACAGGAACUCCGAGGCAGGGAUAUACACUGAUGAUGGUAUGGAAACCUUCUUGGAAUGAAACUUAAGAAGGGUUGUUUUAGAGGGGACUAAAGGGUGAUAAUUUGUAUUUACUUUAAGGUUAUGUGUUUCUUUGUUGCUGAAAUUACUGUGUUUGUUUUCAUGUCCUUUUACGUUUGUCUCUCUAAUCCAUUAAACUGAACUUUUCUAAUCAUUUGUUGUAGUUUAUCCUCCUAACGCAAGUUUUUCCGUUUAGGUUUCCUUUGAAUAUUGACAUUUGAAUUUUCAAUAUACAAUGUCAGCCAGACAUGUCGUUACUUCGGUUCCAAGCAUGAGAUUAUUCCACUUUCCAUAAAAGAAAACAUUGCAGAUCUUAAUGGUUUUGUCCAAACAAUGACGUUUUGAUUGUUAAUUCAGACCCUUUUUUAUAAGUUCACCUUCUAUUUUUUAACUAGUAAACUAUAGUUGAGAUUGCAUAACAUUCUCCUAGAUGUAUGACUAUGCCAAUGUAUGUUUCUUUCCUUAGAAAAGGAAAACAGAGAGGGAAAAAAAACAAUGAUCUAAAUUUGUUGGAUUGGAUGCUAGUUCUCACAGCCACCGUCAAUGUUUUGGUUUUACAAAUAACUGAAUCUAAACAUGUUUUUUUCAUUUAGUUGAACUUUAUAUAACAAAGGCUGUAAAUAAAAGAUUAUGUACAUUAAGAUUGGAUUUCCAAAUUUAUUGUCACCUUUUAAAAAGA